AUUCUACAGUAAUCCUUUGAAGACAGUGUCAAUAAUAAAAUGUUCAACACUGGAAAAUUUGUCGGGCGAACAGUUCUGAUUACUGGCGCUUCUCGAGGAAUUGGAAAGGAAAUCGCACUGAAAUUGGCAAAAGAUGGUGCAAAUAUUGUGGUGGCAGCAAAGACAGCCACAGCUCAUCCAAAACUUCCUGGAACCAUUUACUCUGCUGCUGAAGAGAUUGAGAAGGCCGGAGGAAAAGCCCUUCCAUGCAUCGUCGAUGUUCGAGAUGAAGCUUCUGUGAAAGCAUCAGUUGAAGAAGCUGUAAAAAAGUUCGGAGGAAUUGAUAUCCUUAUCAACAAUGCUUCAGCAAUUUCACUUACCGACACAGAAAAUACUGAAAUGAAGCGCUACGACUUGAUGCACUCGAUCAAUACACGUGGAACAUUCCUCAUGACAAAAACUUGUUUGCCAUAUCUGAAAUCUGGAAAGAAUCCGCACGUUCUGAACAUUUCACCUCCACUUUUGAUGGAGACUCGCUGGUUUGCUAAUCAUGUUGCCUAUACAAUGGCCAAGUAUGGAAUGUCGAUGUGUGUUCUCGGGCAGCAUGAAGAAUUCAGACCACAUGGUAUUGCUGUGAACGCUCUAUGGCCACUGACCGCAAUUUGGACUGCUGCAAUGGAAAUGCUUUCUGACAAAGGAGGAGAAGCUGGAAGCCGUAAACCAUCAAUUAUGGCUGAUGCAGCAUAUGCAGUUCUAUCCAAAAACUCCAAGGAUUUUACUGGAAAUUUCUGCAUUGAUGAAGAUAUUCUGAAAGCUGAAGGAGUUACUGAUUUUGAUAGAUAUGCAUGUGUGCCAGAUGCUCCAUUGAUGCCCGAUUUCUUUAUUCCUGCAGGAACUUACGAUCACAAGUUCUCAUCUGGAGCACAGAUCGGAAAAAAGAAUAAGACUCACGAAGCCGGAGUUGUUGAAGAAGAGAUCAAACAGAUAUUCACAUCUGCAAAGCGCCUGCUUAAUGCUGAUAUUGUAAAGAAAACUGGAUUCGUGUAUGAAUUCUUGUUAAAAGACCCAACUACAAAAAGCGAGAGAAUCAUUACUUUGGACUUGAAAAACGGAGAAGGAGCACUGACAGAUAAGAAGGCUUCAGGCAAAGCUGAUGUUAAAUUCACACUUGCUCCAGAACAUUUCGCUCCACUCUUCACUGGAAAACUCCGUCCGACGACUGCUCUGAUGACAAAGAAGCUCCAAAUCUCCGGUGAUAUGCCAGGAGCAAUGAAAUUGGAGAGCCUUCUCCGCAAGUUCACCGAAGGAAAACUGUGAAUAACUGAUGCAUUUUGUAGAAUAAAUUGAAAACUUUGGAGUAUUUUUUUAUUUUUGAAUUGGUUUUUUUGUAUAUUUCUUGUAAACAUGAUAAUUUUAUUUGUAAAUUAAUUUUUAGAUAUGAUCUUUUGAAUGAAUUUUCAAAGUUUGAA